GGAGGAGGAGGAGAAGGAGGAGGAGGAGGCGGAGGGAGGGAGGAGGAGGAGGCCCCGUCGCGGCCUUCGCCGCCGCCAACGGGGCUGUCCCUGUAGCUCCCGAUGGAGUUUGAGGCCCUGAAACCGCCGCCGAGCUCUGCCCCGGCGAGACGAGGCGCCUCCGUCGCCGAGCCGCGCCGUCGCGGGGCCCCCGGGAGCGGCCCUUAGCGACCCCGCCCGGGCCCCUCAGCUUAAAAAACACUACACAUCAAAAUAAUGAUCUGCUAGACUGCUAACCCGAGCAUCAGCUUCCACAAUGCCUGUGCAGGCAGCUCAAUGGACAGAGUUUCUGUCCUGUCCAAUCUGCUAUAAUGAAUUUGAUGAGAAUGUGCACAAACCCAUCAGUUUAGGUUGUUCACACACAGUUUGCAAGACCUGCUUGAAUAAACUUCACCGAAAAGCGUGUCCUUUUGACCAGACUGCCAUAAACACAGACAUUGAUGUGCUCCCUGUCAACUUUGCACUUCUUCAGUUAGUUGGAGCCCAGGUACCAGAUCAUCAGUCAAUAAAGUUAAGUAAUCUAGGUGAGAAUAAACACUAUGAAGUGGCAAAAAAAUGCGUAGAGGACUUGGCACUCUACUUAAAACCACUAAGUGGAGGUAAAGGUGUAGCUAGUUUGAACCAGAGUGCCCUGAGCCGUCCAAUGCAAAGGAAACUAGUUACACUUGUAAACUGUCAACUGGUGGAAGAAGAAGGUCGUGUCAGAGCUAUGCGAGCGGCCCGUUCACUAGGAGAAAGAACUGUGACAGAACUGAUACUGCAGCACCAGAACCCUCAGCAGCUGUCUGCCAACCUGUGGGCUGCUGUCAGGGCUCGAGGAUGCCAGUUUCUAGGGCCAGCUAUGCAAGAAGAAGCCUUGAAGUUGGUAUUGCUGGCAUUAGAAGAUGGUUCUGCUCUCUCUAGGAAAGUUCUAGUACUUUUUGUUGUGCAAAGACUAGAACCAAGAUUUCCUCAGGCAUCAAAAACAAGUAUUGGCCAUGUUGUGCAGCUAUUGUACCGAGCUUCUUGUUUUAAGGUUACUAAAAGGGAUGAAGACUCUUCCCUGAUGCAGCUAAAGGAGGAAUUUCGGAGUUACGAGGCACUACGCAGAGAACAUGAUGCCCAGAUUGUUCAUAUUGCCAUGGAAGCAGGACUCCGUAUUUCACCUGAGCAGUGGUCUUCACUGCUGUAUGGGGACUUGGCUCAUAAAUCACACAUGCAGUCUAUCAUUGAUAAGCUACAGUCUCCAGAAUCAUUUGCAAAGAGUGUCCAGGAAUUGACAAUUGUUUUGCAGCGAACUGGUGACCCUGCUAAUUUAAAUAGGCUGAGACCUCAUUUAGAGCUUCUUGCAAACAUAGACCCUAAUCCAGAUGCUGUUUCACCAACUUGGGAGCAACUGGAAAAUGCAAUGGUAGCUGUUAAAACAGUUGUUCAUGGUCUUGUGGACUUCAUACAAAAUUAUAGUAGAAAAGGCCAUGAGACACCUCAGCCACAGCCAAACAGCAAGUAUAAAACUAGUAUGUGCCGAGAUUUACGACAACAAGGGGGUUGUCCACGAGGAACAAAUUGUACAUUUGCCCAUUCUCAGGAAGAGCUUGAAAAGUACCGAUUAAGGAACAAAAAGAUGAGCGCGACUGUAAGAACAUUUCCUCUUCUGAAUAAAGUUGGUGUAAACAGCACUGUCACAACCACAGCCGGAAAUGUCAUUUCUGUCAUAGGAAGUACUGAAACAACUGGGAAAAUUGUUGCAAGUACAAAUGGAAUUUCAAAUACAGAAAGCAGUGUUUCUCAGCUAAUCCCACGAGGCACUGACAGUGCAGUAAGGACUUUGGAGACUGUGAAGAAAGUCGGGAAGGUUGGCACUAAUGCUCAGAAUGCUGGGCCCUCUGCAGAGUCCGUGUCUGAAAAUAAAAUUGGUUCUCCACCCAAGACUCCUGUAAGUAAUGCAGCAGCUACCUCCGCUGGGCCCUCUAAUUUUGGAACAGAGCUGAAUUCCCUGCCUCCCAAAUCCAGCCCAUUUCUAACUAGAGUUCCAGUAUAUCCUCAGCAUUCUGAAAGCAUUCAGUAUUUUCAAGAUCCAAGGACUCAGAUACCUUUUGAAGUCCCACAAUACCCACAAACAGGAUACUACCCACCACCUCCAACGGUACCAGCUGGUGUGACUCCCUGUGUUCCUCGCUUUGUGAGGUCCAGUAAUGUUCCAGAGUCCUCCCUCCCACCUGCUUCCAUGCCAUAUGCUGAUCAUUACAGUACAUUCUCCCCUCGAGAUCGAAUGAAUUCUUCUCCUUACCAACCUCCUCCUCCGCAGCAGUAUGGACCAGUUCCUCCAGUACCCUCUGGAAUGUAUGCUCCGGUGUAUGACAGCAGGCGCAUCUGGCGCCCAGCUAUGUACCAACGAGAUGACAUUAUUAGAAGCAAUUCUUUACCUCCAAUGGAUGUGAUGCACUCAUCUGUCUAUCAGACAUCUUUACGGGAAAGAUACAACUCAUUAGAUGGAUAUUAUUCAGUGGCUUGUCAGCCACCGAAUGACCCAAGGACAACUGUGCCUUUACCAAGGGAACCUUGUGGUCAUUUGAAGACCAGUUGUGAGGAACAGUUAAGAAGAAAGCCAGAUCAGUGGACACAGUAUCAUACCCAGAAAACACCUGUCUCUUCAACUCUUCCUGUGGCCACACAGUCACCAACACCACCUUCUCCUCUAUUCAGUGUAGACUUCCGAUCGGAUUUCUCUGAGAGUGUGAGUGGCGCAAAAUUUGAGGAAGACCAUCUUUCCCAUUAUUCUCCCUGGUCUUGUGGUACCAUAGGCUCUUGUAUAAAUGCCAUUGAUUCGGAGCCCAAAGACGUAAUUGCUAAUUCAAAUGCUGUAUUGAUGGACCUGGACAGUGGGGAUGUAAAGAGAAGAGUGCAUUUAUUUGAAGCUCAGAGAAGGACAAAAGAAGAAGACCCAAUUAUUCCCUUUAGUGACGGACCCAUUAUCUCAAAAUGGGGUGCAAUUUCCCGAUCCUCCCGAACAGGUUACCAUACAACAGAUCCCGUCCAGGCAACUGCUUCCCAAGGAAGUGCAACUAAGCCCAUCAGCGUAUCAGAUUAUGUCCCUUACGUGAAUGCUGUCGAUUCAAGGUGGAGUUCAUAUGGCAACGAUGCUACAUCAUCAGCACACUAUAUUGAACGGGACAGAUUCAUUGUUACUGAUUUAUCUGGUCAUAGAAAGCAUUCUAGUACCGGAGACCUUUUGAGCAUUGAACUUCAGCAGGCCAAGAGUAACUCAUUACUUCUUCAGAGGGAAGCUAAUGCUCUGGCCAUGCAACAAAAGUGGAAUUCCCUGGAUGAAGGCCGUCACCUUACUUUAAAUCUUCUAAGCAAGGAAAUUGAACUAAGAAAUGGAGAGAAUGACUACACAGAAGACACUGUAGAUACAAAGCCUGAUAGGGAUAUUGAGUUAGAGCUUUCAGCCCUUGAUACUGAUGAACCUGAUGGCCAGAGUGAACAAAUUGAAGAAAUUUUGGACAUACAACUUGGUAUCAGUUCUCAAAAUGACCAGUUGCUCAAUGGAACAGCAGUGGAAAAUGGUCAUCCAGCCCAGCAGCACCAGAAGGACCCAGGAAAGCCGAAGAGACAGAGUUUAGGUGAAGACCAUGUGAUUCUGGAGGAGCAAAAACCAAUUCUGCCGGUAACAUCUUGCUUUAGCCAGCCACGUCCAAUGUCUAUUAGCAGUGCAAGCUGCCUCCCCAUCACCACAUCUGUCAGUGUUGGCAACCUCAUUCUGAAAACUCACGUUAUGUCUGAAGAUAAAAACGACUUUUUAAAACCUAUUGCAAAUGGGAAGAUGGUUAACAGCUGAAAGGAGGCUCAGCUUUCAAAUCUGUGACCACACCAUGGAAGCAUUUACACUAGCUUUUUAUAUAUAUAAUAUAUAUUAUAUAAUGUAUAUUUUUUUUAAAAAAAAAGAUAUUACUGGGGGCAUCCAUUUCCUGUGGACUCUUUGAUACUUCAAGCCCUCUUGCAUUAGCAUUAUGAAAAAAAAGAAAAUUUACUUUACUAGGGUAAUGUUCACUUUCCAGAAAUUAUUGGAAUUUGGACAACAUUUAACUUAAGCUUCAAGCAGCUUUUUAUGAGUUUGUAGCAAUCCGGUGCAGUAACUGAGCCAUUUCCUAUUUUAAAUGGCUUCUACAGUAAAUUAACAACUCAGUUAUUAAACUAGCAGGAUCCUACAAUGAUACAUCUAGUGAAAGUAGAGUUAAUUAACUUAUUUCUAUUUUAUGUUUCACUGAGAGAAAUUUCCAUCUCAUUCCAGCUGCUUUAUUUAUCUUUUUCAUUGGACUUUGCAUGGAUUUUUCUUUCUUUCUUUUUUUGUUUUGUUUUGUUUUGUUUUUCCUUUUCUUUUCUGUCUUUUUUUUUUUUUUUUGAGAGUGGAGUUAGAUGUUCUUACCAUAGAGUUUUACAGGGUUAUAAUAGCUUUCUUUACUGCAUUAUAUGUAGAAGUGUAGUGCAGUGCUUUUAUCUGUAGCAUUUAAUUUUUUAAUUUUCCAUUUUUCAAGAAUAGUUUCUGCUUUGUUAAUAUUUAUACACAGGCUACUUGUUGAAGUAAUUAAUUAAAAAUAUAACCAAGUGCCUAAGUCUUUCAGCUGAUGUACUAGAUAUUAAAUUCUCCUAAGUUAUGCAGAAUCGUUUUUACAAUUUUGAUAAAUUAUGCACUAAUGUAAUGGCAAUUUUUUAAAAUGCAGAUUUAAGCCUGUACAUUAUUGAAUCUGAUGACUUGGCAAAAGAAUCAGGUGCUUUCAGCUUUCUUGAGAAAACCCUGUAUGUAGCGUUUGCACUGACUAACAAGAUGGUAUUGCUGGGUCUUUAAUUUAAAGAAAUUAAUUUGGGUGUUCAUUGCAUUAUUUAGUUAGAUAUUGUUUAUUGUUACUUCAUGUUGGGUUUAAUUUUCUUGUUUUCUGACUGUUAGGUUGAUAAGACUUUGAACCAUGUAGUAGUAGAACAUUGGCUAACAUUACCCAUACUUAAAAACAUGAAUAAUUUCUGCCCUGCCAUAAUGUGACUGAAAUUUUCACUUGGCAUCUGAAAGUAUGCAGUAUGUUCAACCAGCUCUGCCCCAGAUUUGUGGGUAGUAGUUUAUUGAAGCUUAAAUUUCAGUCAAUAUUUAAAAACAAAAGCAGGGCAUGCCUUUCUGGUAGUAAUCUAAUAGUUUAUCUUUUUGUUUUUCUUCCAUUUCUUUAAGAUUAGUUUGACUUUUAUUAUUUUUUAAUUAACUUCUGUGAAGUUGUUUACUCUGAAAAUUGUACUGGAAUAUUUUAAGCCAAGCUGAUCUUUCACCAGGUGUACUGUAUGUAAGGGCUUCUCCUGCUAGCAAGAUGCUUAAACAGGAUCAUGUUAUUGGUCGUCUGAGCUAUUUAGUUAUUUUACAAAAACCACAGCAUUGUAUCAGAGAAGAUUUUGAUAAAAGUUUUGUGCACAUUUCCAGGGGUGGGAGGGUUAACAUUUCCCUGAAAUUUCUUGAUUGGAAUGAGUAAAUACUGGUGUUUGAUACCUGUCUUAAUGAACAUGCUCAUAAGGUGACUGAUACGUUGUAAAUAAUACCUGAGAAACAAAGGGGUAGUUUUGAUAUUCUGGUGUCAGUAUGGAAGAUCUUACACAUUUAUUUAAUACUCAAGUGUAUGAAGAUGUUUGUUUAUAACAUAACAGCACAGUAGCCUUGACUUAGUUUUAUUUGGUUAGUACUGUACCUUUUUGCCAUGGCCAGUGCUCCCCAUCCCUACAAAGACAUUUUAUUUAUUUUACUCUGUAACCUGAAAUGAAGAGGAACAAGAGUUUUAAACCAUGUUACAUUAACUUAUUUCUGACAUUAUAAAUUAGCCUAGGAUAUUACAGGAACAUGAUUGUUAUAUAAUUUAUAUCAGAACCUUUCUAUAAAUAUGAGCUUAUUACAUUUGAAAUGUUUCCAAUGUAUUUUUCUUUUCCUUCUCUUCUCUUCUCUUCUCUUCUCUCUUCUCUCUUCUCUCUUCUCUCUUCUCUCUUCUUUUCUUUUCUUUUCUUUUCUUUUCUUUUCUUUUCUUUUCUUUUCUUUUCUUUUCUUUCUGUUUGUAAUUCCAAAAAGGUUAUGUAAACCAGUCUGUCUAUUUCAUGGAUAUUUAAUAGUGAGAUCUUCCAUGUUGAAGGUAAUGUAUUUUUUUUUAAGAUUUUAAAAUUGCUAUUUUGUUACAAAAUAGAGACCUAUUAACAGUUGAGAGCUCCUUAUGUGCCCUCAGGGAAAGAACCCUCUGUGCAGCAGAGCUACACGAACAUCUUCAGCACUUUCUGAGGGUGAUUAUAUACUACAUAAAUUGAUCUUGUGUAUUUAACCUUAUCUUUUUAAUUUUAAAGUUGAAAUUUUGAAACGUGGUUGUGCUCUUCUGGAGGGGUUGGGAUGCUUAGGUGUUUGCCUACUUGUUCAGUAAACUGCAUUUCAUCAGUGUAUGUGUACACCUGCCAACCUUAUUGGUGUGUCUCAAACAUUUAUAGGAAAAUAGUGCUUGUCUUGCAGCAGAUGAUCCCAUAAAACAAUAACUUCUAAUUCUUAAAUGUUUACUCUUUCUCACUAACAACACAGGAAUUGUUUCUGUGUUCACAUUAUUCUGUAUUGCAUUUUUUAUGUGGUGACAGCUUACUGUAUGUUUUAGUGGGUAUAAUUUGAAAUAAGGCUAUUGGAUCUCUGCCACUUAAGAAGAAAGAACAGUUCAUCUGACCUUUCUUCAAAAUGAUACCUGCUGAUGUCACAGAGGAAAAUAGUACAAACAGACCUAGAAUGUGUUUUUUUUUAAUUGGGGCAAUCAUCACUUUGACCCUUUAUCAAGAUGACAUGAUGAACACAUUUGGAAUCAGAGGCUACAAAACAAUAGAAGAGAAACUUUGUAAUGUCGGUAUCUAAAAUGCUUGUAAAGCCUAUGGGUCUAAUCAGGAAUCAGUAGUAUGAAGUCUGAAAAAAAGCAGGGAAAUGGUGUAGGUUUCCUUAUAUUUUUUACCUGUCAGUUUUCGGAGUCCCAAUUCCUAGUCUGUGUGCUGCAUUCAGAUGCUGUGAAUAUAUCAUUAGUUUUGUGUGGGCUUCUUUUAUUUUAUGAAUUCUAAGAGUUCUGUGUAUAUUUCUUCUAGUUGGUACCUACACAAAUUAGAUUUCUCUUGCUUUUGCCACUAUGACUUAUUUCAGUGCCAUGCAACGAGUCAGUGUAUGUAGGGACAGGGACAUUGUACAUUGUAAUUUUCAAGAAAAGGUAUCUCUUAAGGCCCGUGGCACUGAUUCUGCUUUCAUAGCUACUUACUCUACUAAGAGAAUUCAAUGAAACUUCAUUUAAAAACUAAAAUUUCCCAUUGGUAUGGAUCGUAGUCACUUUGACCCAGAUUUCAAGUUGAUGCUAAGUUUACAAAGCACAUCCUGAUUUUAUAUACAGAAGAUUACAGAAUGCAAUGAUUUGUAGGACCUUUGAGUGGGAUCAUUUAACUAUUUGAAAAAAUUGUUUAAAAACCAUCUACCCUAUUUUUGCAUUUUAGAUGUGUUAAAGCCCAUGUUGUCUUUUUAGCCAGGGAUAGAACUUGUAACAUCCAGAUUCAGUAUGUUAGUUGUAAAUCUGAGUAUUUCUUCCCUUGCAUCUUUGAGUCAUUUUCUAAGCAGACUGUCACCAAUAUUGGUAAUUAAUCAUUAAAGAGAAAAGUUGCAUUGCAGCUAUAUAUUAGUGUCUUAGAACUGUUCUUUUGUUUUAGUGAAUAAAGAGUACCAAUGGGAUCACUUACUGUUAACUCCUUCUACUGAAGGGCCCCUUCUGCAAGCAGAACACAAAUGAACAUGCUCAAGGAGUAUCCCGUUUUCUAGAGAUUAAGUUUGCUAGUAACUCCUUUACACUAGCUAUUUCUUUGUAUCCCUUUGCUGGCAAGGGAGUACAAGGAGUCAAACCACAGAUCAGAACACCCCACAUUUGAGUGGAGACUUAUUUUUACUCUAAGGGGAGUUAUUCCCCCAAGUCUGAAACUGGCAAUUAUUUUUUUUUCUCUUACAUAAAAAUUUAAAAAUAUCCCCCAAACCAGUGGAAAACAGACACUGGCUGCACUUAGUACUGCCAAGAGCCAAGGUCAUUUGCACAUAUUCCAUCAACCUGUCAAAAAUUAGGCCUCACUUUAUAACCCAAGGCAUGGAAGUGCAUGCAUUCUCUUAGCUGGGCAAGCAAUUAUACUGUAGUUGUGAUACAACACAUGUGGCUUUUAUUUGUACUGCACAUACCCACUGUACAGCCACUUGGGAGUAUCGUGGUUAGCUUGCAGCAACUGCCGUCUGCAUUUAUACUGUUUAUUGCAUAUUCUUUUCCCUGGAAGUGAAAGAGAAAUGUUUUUCUUGUUGCAUUGAUUACAUUUUAUAAAUUUGCUUAGCUGGAAAGUUUGGGAAAAGAGGCCUGUUUGUCAAUUGUACAACCGAUUGUGAAGCUUAGUGUGAAUAUUUUUACGUCUGUAUUAGACAUUUUCUUUGCAAAUCUAUUGUUCGAUUGAAAUGUAAAUGAAAUUAAAGAUGGUGUACACCCAUCAUGUAAAACGCAGGCACCAUCUCUAAGAUGGAUUUAAUGCUCAUUUUUAAGGCAUAUACUCAGCUUCUAUUUAAAACUAUAAAAUAAUUCUGUACAAUGAAAUGGGGAAUAUAUAUGGGAAUAAAUUCUAUUCCAUUUAUUUCAAUUUGAAUUUCCAAAUUGUAAUGUUUCCCUUUGUGCUAUAGGAAUAGGAUUAAAUGGGGGAAGGCUAGGACUUAUAAGGCCUGUAUAUGGGGGGAGGGCAGAGAUGGAACAAUGAGGGUUGUGAUGAUAGUGAAUAGCAAAGAGUGAAUUCUGUGUGUUUUUGCUGUAGCACUGAAGUGAAGAGAUAUUAGCUUUGGCUGUUCACAAAAUAGAGCAUCAUGAUUUUCAGUGUUUGAGAGAAAAUUGAUGGAAAAAGUUUGCAGUACUUGACAUGUAUUUGCAUGCACAAAAUAAAAUUAUUUGUCCACCUUAAAAGUU